AUGGCGGCGGAAGGAAUCGACGUCAUUGGCCCUAUCGACCCUUCAUCUUCACAAGGACAUCGCUUAAUCCUUGCGGCAACGGACUACUUCUCCAAGUGGGUGGAGGCGGUUCCACUACGGGAGGUGAAGAGCGACAACGUCAUCAACUUUCUUGAGCAACACAUCAUAUAUCGCUUCGGAAUACCCCACCGCAUCACCUCUGACAAUGCCAAGGCCUUCAAGUCCAACAAGAUGCACAAGUUCAUGGCGAAGUACAAGAUCAAGUGGAAUUACUCCACCGGCUACUAUCCACAAGCCAACGGCGCGAUCAAAGCCUUCAACAAGACGCUGGGCAAGAUACUCAAGAAGACGGUGACAAGACAUAGAAGGGAGUGGCAUGACGGUCUCUUCGAGUCUCUAUGGGCGUACCGUGUUACGGAGCUUGACGCCCUUGAAGAGGAGCGAUUGCAUGCUCUACAAGACUUGGAACUUUAUCGCCAGAAUAUGGUGAAGGCUUAUGAUAAGCUCGUCAAGCCACGAGUCUUCAGGAAGGGCGAGCUAGUUCUCGUACUCCGACGGCCCAUCGUCGUCACACACAAGACGAAGGGAAAAUUCGAGCCGAAGUGGGAAGGUCCAUACGUCAUUGAGCAAGUCUAUGACGGAGGCGCGUAUCAGCUGGUUGAUCCUCAAAGAGCCCGGCCUAUGCCACCGAUCAACGGAAGGUUCUUAAAGAAGUAUUUUGCUUGA